UGCUCGCUCCUCCCCGUCCCCGCGGCCGCUUCCUGCAGGGACAGGGUGUCAAGGAGCGGGCAUCCUCGUCUUCUGCCUCUCCCCGCGCACAAGUGGACGCGAGUGUCUCGCAGCGCGUGGACGCCAGUGCGCCUCGCGGUGCGCCCCAGAACGCGCGCCAAGACUUCGGGCGCAGAGCGCUAUGAACGGGACCUUCCUGAACCACAGCCGCGUGGAGGCCGCGGGCGGCUUGGGCGGCGGCGGCAGGGAAGCCCUGGGGAACCGCAGCCACGGGCUGGCCACGUGGCUAGGCUGCUGCCCCGGGGACGCGCCGCUGUCCACCAGCGACGGUGUCCCCGCGGGGCUGGUGCCCGAUGAGCGAAGUAUGUGGCUGUCGCGCGUGGCUCAGAUCGCCGUGCUCUGCGUGCUGUCGCUCACCGUGGUCUUCGGCGUUUUCUUCCUGGGCUGCAACCUGCUCAUCAAGACGGAGAGUAUGAUCAACUUUCUGGUGCAGGAGCGCCGGCCCUCCCAGGACGUGGGCGCCGCGAUCCUGGGGCUGUACUGAGCGCUCCGCGGCCCGCCCUCGCUGGCAGGACACCGAGAUGGGAGACCAGGACCCUCGACACCCUCCCCGGGCUCUGCGCGAGGGGCAGCGACGUGCCGCGGGCGCCCUGGUCCGGGACACUGCGGGACUCCAGGCGGCGACGCGGGAAGGGACUUCCACACCUGACUCGGUCCUGUGUGCGCUUCAGCGUUGGGGGUGGUGUGGGAGGAUAGGGGUUCUUAACCGUUUUUACAAAAGAAGUUGGGCAGGAUGGGAGAGGUUGUGAGUUACACCUUGGGGCUAAGGUCACUAGCUUGUUAGUUUGCGUGUAUGUAGGUGGGGCGGUGGGGGGGCUAGUUGUGGACGAAUCCGAGUCGUCGAGCUUGUUGGCGACUUGAUUUUGCAUUUGAAAAGAAAUCUUGUAAUAAAACCGCAGCUUUUGGGCUUCUGGCAGUUCCCCACCGGA